AUGCACUUUUGUUGGAAAGAUCGCACUACAGGAGAGGUGGAAGAUGAUCUGUUGAUUUUUCCCGAUGACUGUGAAUUUGUCCGUGUUAAUGAAUGUACAACAGGUCGUGUGUAUGUUCUCAAGUUUAAGUCCUUCUCAAAGAAGUAUUUCUUUUGGAUGCAGGAACCGAAAACUGAUAAAGAUGAUGAGUACUGUCGUCGUAUAAAUGAAGCUUUGAACAAUCCCCCAACAUCUGGUGGACGCGGGGGAGGUGGAGGUGGAGCACAAGAUGGAGAACUGCAAAAUCUUCUCAAUAAUAUGUCACAACAACAGCUUAUGCAACUAUUUGGAGGUGUAGGUCAAAUUGGAGGCUUAUCAUCACUACUGGGAACUAUGGGCAACAACAGCAGCAGCGGCACAGGUUCAGGUAGCGGUAGUGGUAGCGCACGUGCUUCAGGUGGUAGUGGCGGCAGCUCUCGUGGUAGCAGCGCGCCACGAACCAGCGAGUCGACACCUGCGCCUGUCGCUGUUACCGCCACCCCCACUUCUGCCACCACUGCUACCCCUGCUACCCCUGCAGCGCCCGCACGUACCACUACCCGCCGUGAAGUGGCUCCGGCCGCAACGCCACCCAACACUGCUAGUGCCACACAACCGCGCAGCGGGCAGAUCUUCCUGUCGGACCUGCAGCGCUACUUCUCGGGGCUGGGCAACGCGCCGGAGGGUGCGGAGGGCGGCGCGGGAGGGGCGGGCCGCGUGGAGCUGGGCGCGGCGCUGGCGGCGCCCGACGUGGUGGCGGCGGCCAGCGAGCCGCGCAACGCGCAGCGCCUCGCGCCCCACCUGCCCGCUCCCGCGCCCGUCACCCAGCCCCACGACGAUGUAAGGACCACACUGCUCUCUCCGCAGUUCGCGCAGGCAGCCAAUCAAUUUUCUUCUGCUCUGACAUCUGGCCAGAUGGGACCAAUAAUGACUCAGUUUGGUCUCCCUUCGGAAGUAGCAUCGGCAGCAAAUACAGGUGAUAUGCAAGCGUUCUUCAAAGCCCUGGAGAGCACUUCUAAUGCUUCAGACUCAUCUAAGAGUCAAGAAGAGGAUAAGAAAAAGGAAAAAGCUAAAGAAGACAAGGAUGGUAAAAAGGAUGGUGACGCUGGGAUGUCACUGGAUUAG